CUUUUGAUUUUGUAGCUGAGGUCUCUCUCUCUCUCUCUCUCUCCAUUUGAUAGGAAGAAGAAGAAAGAUAAAAAGAUAAAGAAAGAGAGAAAAGAGAUAUAGUUAAAAUGCAAUGUUAUACAAAUGAAGAAGCACUAGCAAGCCUCUUCAUCAAUGUCUCAACCUCCUCCUUUCUCCUCCUCCUCCUUUUAUACUCCGCCGUCUUGCUCCUCCUCAAGUUCUUCCACUUCAUCGGUGGCUACCCUCUCCUCCAAAGGAGUGAAGAUGAAUAUGAUUCGGCGGCGUGGCUUUCCGAUGAAGAAGAAGAAGAGGAGGAGGAAGAAGGGGAAGAGUUCAAGAUGUCUUGUAAUACAAGUUACCACGUGGUAACUAGAGAUCAAAAACAGAAUCAUUUGAUAGCUGAUAUAGAAGAUGAUGGAGAGUCUUUAGUGUUUUACAAUAAUAACUACAAAAGUGUUACAAACAAUCGGCACAAGGAGGAGUAUAUGAAUGUUCAUCAAACUCAUGAACAAGAAGACGAAGAUGAUCAAGAUUCCAACGUUUCUUCCGCAGAUGAACACUUCUCCUCUGCUAAUGUUUCUCCUUAUCGCAGUGAAUCAUCAGUAGAAGAGGAAGACAACGGGGUUGAAGAUCUUCAUGACGUUCGUUAUGAUCAUGAUAAUGAUGAAGAAGAGAUAGAAGGAGUGUCACAAUACGACGUCGUUGAAGAUUUGGUUCGUAAGCGACCAGAUAGAAGUAUUCGUGGUCCCUCUCCUCUCCAAAGUGGUUUGGUGUUCAAUGACAAAAGCUACAAUGGAGGGUAUGUCUCUAAUGGAGGAAUCAAGAAUGAUGUCGUGGAGAUACAUCCAUCAAUGGGAUUUGCCACGAGAGAGAUCAAAACAGAGGAAGUGUUAGAGGAAGAAGAAGAAGAAGAGAGAGGAAAGAUAUUUGGAGAAUCAUGUACGAAUGGGUCAACGUCAAAAAGUUCAUCGGAAUGGAGAAACUCUCUGAAGACCGACGAUCCUUUUUCCUCCUCCUCUCGUCGGAGUUGCCCAAAAUGGGAAUCUUACACCGUCUUCCAAAAAUACGAUGAAGAAAUGACUUUUCUCACUAGAAUCUCUGCUCAAAAGCUUCAAGAAUCAGAAACGUUGAAGUCAAUCAUGGUAGAGCCAAGAUCGAUCUCAGAGAGGAUCGUUCACAAGUUAUCAUCAAACGUACACAAGAGAAAGCAACAAAACACAAGUAGUAACGCGCCAAGACCAAAUCCAUACGUGGAACUAGAAUCAGCUUACGUUGCACAGAUAUGCAUAACAUGGGAAGCUCUAAGUUGGAACUACAAAAGCUUCGAGAGAAAAAGAUCAUCCACGCAGCGAAUCAGCUUCAACGACAUCGGAUGUCCCGCAGCAAUCGCGGACCAGUUCCGUACGUUUCAUAUUCUAUUACAAAGAUACGUCGAGAACGAGCCUUAUGAAAAUGGAAGGAGACCUGAGAUAUAUGCUCGAAUGCGAACUCUUGCUCCCAAGCUGCUUCUUGUUCCUGAAUAUCAUGAUUACGAGGAGGAAGAAGAGAAAGAAGAGGAAGAGGAGGGUUUCAAGUCGAGGAUAACGUCAGCUGCGUUCUUGAUGAUAAUGGAGGAGUGCAUAAGAACAUUCAUGAACUUUCUCAAAGCUGAUAAAGAGAAGCCUUGUCAAAAGAUCAUCAAAGCCUUCUUUGGCAGAACUAAACGAGGCUCUGUUGAUCCAACCCUUGUCCAUCUAAUGAAGAAAGUCAACACAAAGAAAAAGACGAAGCUGAAAGAGAUACGUAAAGGAGGAAAAUACAUGAAGAAGAAAAAGAUGAGUAUAGAGGAGGAAAUGGAGAUACUAAUGGGACUAAUAGACUUGAAAGUGGUGUCAAGAGUGUUGAGGAUGAAUGAAAUGAAUGAAGAGAAGUUGCAUUGGUGUGAAGAGAAGAUGAGCAAAGUUAAGAUUAUUCAAGAUGGAAAGGCAUUUCAAAGAGAUUCGACUCCACUUUUCUUUCCUCCACAUUGACCCCACUAGUUUAAUCCAUUCUCGUGAAUAUACCCUUUAUUCUUUCCCCACUCACAUCCUUUGGUUUUACACGUCAUAUUGGAGGAAAUCUUUUAGACAAAACUACGAAUAAAGAGCACCAUAAAGUUUCAAAUUUGAAUAAAUAGAUAGGGGAUAUACUGUAGAUUACUUUAGUUCCUUUUUACUUUCCUUUUUCUUUUCUUUGUUAUGUAUCUUUUUAACUUUUUGAAAUAAAAUUUCAGCCUUUAUUAGGUA